UACAUAGUAGAAAACAGUGGAUCUGUCUCUUUAUGUGUCCACCUAAAUCUGUUAUCAAUUACAAUAAGUCCACAUCUGUGUUUUCUAUAGUGAAUUCCUCUCCAGCUCCCUCUGCAACAUUUUGAGCCUCGCAAAGGAGCUGCACAGGGAUUUACUGAACCCUCACAAGACCUACGAGGGUAAUUCUCACAGUCUGGGCCACAAAAAGCUGCAGCAUGCAUUGCAGGGAAAAAAAAACUGUGGAAAUUUUUUUUCCCUGUUGGCUGGAUGUCAAAUCUGUGCCAAUGUGAUCAGAUUUGCAUUUGUUUUCACACAGUUGCGUUUGUCCCCACGAUGUCUCACAGAGUGAUUUACCAAUCACUUUCCUGACGACUCUGAGACCAGUUGCACCGGCCCCAGAGCCGUGCGGGUCCCACAGUGGGAAAACAGCUGGUGACUCACCUCCUCAGGCUACAAGGAGGAGCUAAAUCAGACAGCAGCAGCAUGGCCAACCCCAAGGAGCCGCUCAGCAAACGCUCCGUCAGUCAGCUCCAGAUCUGCUUCAGACACAGCACUUCUCAAAGACACGCCUGACUGAAGAGUUUGGGGAAAAUACACAAGGAGCGAAAGCAGAAUUCCAGAAGUAAAAGGAUUCAAGCUGAAGAUGCGGGAGAAACUUGUCUGACAGCAUUUUUAUUUUCUUUGUUCUUCCACGAGCUCCUGUUGUAACAUGCGAGGGUGAGAGUUUAUUUCCUCGUCACAGGACACUAAAACUUCUCUCUGUGCUAAUUUGUCUGUUCACCCUGUUUGGGGUGUUUUUGCACAACCGUUAAAAUGGAGAACAUGUCCCUCAACCAACAAAUCGAAGACUGUGAAGCCAUGAACAAGGCGUUGUAUAAAUUCUAUGCGGCUGUCAUGAUCAUCAUCUUCAUCCUGGCUCUGCCCCUCGAUGCGUCUGUCCUCCAUCUCUUUAUCACCAAGCUGAAGUUCUGGAAAUCCAACACCAACAACAUCUUCCUGUUCAACCUGGUGCUAGCUCACAUUCUCCUGCUCUUCUGUUUGCCCAUAAAGGCGUACAACUUCAUCGAAGGGCAGCGGCGGAGCGACAACGAUGCAGUAUGCAAAGCCAUGCUCUUCAUGCUGUUCCUAAACCGAGGCGCGAGCAUCGCCUUCCUGACUGUGACCUCCAUCGAUCAAUAUUUUAAUGUUGUCCAUCCUGGAAGAAAGAACUUUCUGAAAGCUCUCAAGAAAUCUCUGCAGAUCUCCAUCGUCAUCUGGAUCUUGCUGCUGCCUCUCACCAUGCCCACCAUGCUCAAGACCUUCGAGUGCUGCAACAGCCAAAAGAACUCCGACUCCGACCGCAAAGAAGAUGCCAUCAUCAAGGACGUGGUGGACAGUCUUCGAGAAGUGGUCUUUUUUUCCCAGAUCGUCAUCCCCUUCAUCAUCCUGCUCUACUGCACGGUGCACAUCGUCAACCGGCUCAGGAAGAAAACUGUCGGGGACAAGACGAAGCUGAGGUGAGCUGUGUUGCUGGUCAUCUCUGUCAUGGUGGUCUUCUCCUUCUGCUUCCUGCCCUGCGCCAUAGCCCGGAUGGUUCUGCUGAUUGCCAGGGCCAAUGACUGGAAGGACACCAAAGAGGACAGCGUGGCAGUGGUCUUUGAUGGUCUUAUGGUCCUCUCCUACAUGGACUGUCUGCUGGAUCCACUGGUCUACUCCUUCUGUAGCACCAAGUUUAAAGGGCUCUAUUGCGCCACCUAUCUGCCGUUCUUGGGGAAAGCAGAAGCAAUCCCAAUGGACAGCUCAACGGCACAUUCAUCAAAUCCCAAACGCAAAAAUCAGGUCAUCUGAAAAUAAGAACAUGCGUCUGCAGGUUGUUGGUUCUCUGCCAUCUGAGAUGAUGAAUGUUCUAAAAAUAUGUUGCACAUGUUUUUAAAAAGGGGGCUUUAAAAGGUUUUAUAUGACAAAGGACAUCGCUAAUUAAAUUUUUAUUAUUGCUAAACAUAACUGUUGGACAGCAACAGUGGACAUUUCUGUUUUUUAUAAGGACUUAUUUAUAAAGGACGUUCUCAUGUAAAUAGGACUGAUCCUUAUGGAUCAGAGACAGCAGUAAAUUAAUUUUCCUUCUAUUUGUCUGAAGGUGGCGCCAUACUUCAUUGGGAAGUAUGUUCAAAUUGCAGAGGUCUGGUUCCAAAAAGAGAAUGCUGAUUGGUUCAGCGUGCAGUGACAUCAGUACCUUAUUGAACUUUAUUAUUAAUAUUAUGAUGUGUUCCAUAGAUUGAUGUGAAACAACAAUGAAAAAUGGAUCACAGUGAUGAGGAUAACACGCAAUGUGAUGAUUUCUGUCACACGUGCUACAACUAUUCGCAAAUUUUGUACCUGUUUUUGUUAUUGUUCAAAUAAAUUUACUACCAUGAACAUUUUGAUUUUA